AACACAUGUCAGAUGCGGAUGACUAAUUAAUUGCUGGCUUAUGAAGUGCUUCCUAGUUUCUCUUUGCGCUUGAGUGACAAACAUUGGUAGUUCAAACUGGGAAGAAAGGAGUACCGCUGUAUCCUUUUCCCUUUCUCACCCUGCGACGCAUUUUCUCUGUAUCGCAUUCAUCUUGGAGGCAUCUCAUAAACAUGUCAACCAAAUUGUUGGUUUAUUUCUUACUUCUGUCAGUUCUACAUGCUUGUUCUCAGACAAUCGAAUACGAAGAGGAAUACGAGGAUGUUACUGUGAACCAAAUGCUUGCUCCCAAAACUCAGGAGACAGACGCAACGCAAAUAUUGAACAAUUUACUGAAGGAAUAUGACAAGAAACUUCGACCAGACAUUGGGAUUAAACCAACCGUCAUAGAUGUGGACAUAUUUGUGAACAGCAUCGGACCUGUGUCAUCAAUUAACAUGGAAUACCAAAUCGACAUCAUUUUUGCUCAGACAUGGACAGAUGCCCGUCUUAGAUACAACAGUACAAUGAAAAUAUUGACUCUGAACAGCAAUAUGGUGGGACUCAUCUGGCUUCCAGACACCAUCUUCAGAAACUCCAAAAAUGCAGAUUCCCAUUGGAUUACAACACCCAAUCAGCUGCUUCGAAUAUGGAACGAUGGAAAGAUCUUGUAUACGUUAAGGUUGACCAUAAAUGCUGAAUGCCAGUUGCAGCUGCACAACUUCCCCAUGGAUGAGCACUCUUGCCCCCUCAUCUUCUCCAGCUAUGGAUACCCCCGAGAUGAGAUGAUUUACAAGUGGAGGAAGAACUCAGUGGAAGCUGCAGAUCAAAAAUCCUGGAGACUUUACCAGUUUGAUUUCAUGGGUUUACGAAACACCACAGAUGUAGUGAAAACAUCAGCAGGUGACUAUGUGGUGAUGACCGUGUACUUUGAUCUGAGCAGAAGAAUGGGAUAUUUCACCAUCCAAACGUAUAUUCCCUGCAUCCUCACAGUGGUGCUGUCAUGGGUGUCCUUCUGGAUCAAAAAAGAUGCCACACCAGCCAGAACAGCAUUAGGGAUAACGACAGUUUUGACGAUGACGACGCUCAGCACCGUGGCCAGGACCUCUCUCCCCAGGGUGUCCUACAUCACCGCCAUGGACCUCUUUGUCACCGUCUGCUUCCUGUUUGUGUUUGCGGCCCUGAUGGAGUACGCCACUCUCAACUACUACUCCUACAGCGUGCGAAAGCCUGGCUGCGCCAAGACGAAACGAUCGUUCAAUCCAGCCUCCGUGUUGGACGUUGGACCGCCCCCCACGGUCAUCACCCUGAACAAUUCCAUGUACUGGCAGGAGUUUGAGGAGGCCUGCGUCUAUGAGUGUCUGGAUGGAAAGGACUGCCAGAGCUUCUUCUGCUGUUUCGAGGAGUGCAAGGGUGGGGCAUGGCGGAAAGGGCGGGUCCACAUAGACAUCCUAGAACUGGACGCCUACUCCCGCGUCUUUUUCCCCACCUCAUUCCUGCUCUUCAACGUUGUCUACUGGGUAGGCUACCUCUACCUUUGA